UGAGUCCGUGAGUCUCACAGUGUGAGUCUGUGUUAGAGAGUGCGUGUGUCUGUGUUACAGAGAGUGUGUGUGUGUUGGUCAGCGUGUGUUGGAGUCUGCAUUUCUCAUUCACCACUGUGAGAGCAUCAGGCUCGCAGUGAAACGCCAAGAUGAGACUGCACUGGGCUGCCGUCGCUCUGCUCUGCUUGGCUGUGCUGAACGCGGCGGCCUCCAACAACCAGAAGGAGACUUCCACCCCGACUGCAGCAGCAGCAUUGACCCAAACAGCUUCGCAAGCAGCAAAGGAGAUCAAAGCGAAUAAGGAGAGUGACGUCACAAAGACAUCCACAGAUGCCAUGCCCAAAGAUGUGAAGACGACUGGGUCAGUGGCAGCAGCCAAAGAGGAUCCUGGCAAGAACAAGACGUCGUCAUCGUCAGCCGAGAAGACGGACGACAAGAGCGAGAACAAGACGUCAACGUCAGCUGACAACGCGGACGACAAAAGCAAGAACAAGACAUCAUCAUCGUCAGCUGAGAAGACAGAUGAAAAGAACCAGAACAAGACAUCGUCAUCGUCAGCCGAGAAGACAGACGACAAGAGUCAGAACAAGACGUCGUCGUCAUCGUCAGCCGAGAAGACUGACGACAAGGGCCAGAACAAGACAUCGUCAUCGUCAGCUGAGAAGAUGGACGGCAAGAGCGAGAACAAGACAUCAUCGUCAUCAUCAUCGGCCGAGAACACAGACGACAAGGACCAGAACAAGACAUCGUCAUCGUCAGCCGAGAAGACGGACGACAAGAACCAGAACAAGACAUCGUCAUCGUCAGCCAAGAAGACAGACGACAAGAGCCAGGACAAGACAUCGUCAUCGUCAGCUGAGAAGACAGACGACAACAGCAAGAACAAGACAUCGUCAGCAGAGAAGACAGACGACAAGAGCCAGGACAAGACAUCGUCAUCGUCAGCUGAGAAGACAGACGACAAGAGCAAGAACAAAACAUCAUCAUUGUCAUCAUCGGCCGAGAACACAGACGACAAGAACCAGAACAAGACGUCGUCAGCCGAGAAGACGGACGACAAGAGCCAGAACAAGACAUCGUCAUCGUCAGCCGAGAAGAUAGACGACAAAAGCCAGGACAAGACAUCGUCAUCGUCAGCUGAGAAGACAGACGACAAGAGCAAGAACAAGAAAUCAUCGUCGUCAUCAUCGGCCGAGAACACAGAUGACAAGAACCAGAACAAGACAUCGUCAGCCGAGAAGACGGAUGACAAGAGCCAGAACAAGACGUCAUCAUCAUCAGCUGAGAAAACAGACGACAAGAGCAAGAGCAAGACAUCGUCAUCGUCAGCCGAGAAGACUGACGACAAAAGCCAGAACAAGGCAUCAACGUCAGCCGACAACGCGGAUGACAAGAGCAAGAGCAAGACCUCCUCACCAUCGCCAGUGUCGUCAUCAUCGAAGGCUGAGAAAAAACCUGACCAGAGCCGUGCUGAGGGUCCCGGCUGGUGCUCGCUGUACGGGAUGGGGCAGGUGCGCACCUUCGACGGCUUCCACUUCGCCUUCUCCAGCGCCUGCAACUUCGAGAUGGUGCGCACCAGCGACGCGAGCGAGGGGCACGUGGCGGUGCUGGCGCGGCGCUCUGCCGGGGGGCGCCUCGCCAGCGUGGAGCUGGCGGCAGCCGGGAGCCGCCUCCAGCUGCUGGGAGACGGUGCCAUCGACGUCAACGACGAGCACAACGUGACGCUGCCGUACGUGGGCGGCGCCGUGCAGGUGGAGCGGCAGGGACUGCAGCUCCGCGUCGCCUUGCGCUCGCUGGGGGUCACCGUCUACUGGGACGGGCAGGGCGCACUCAGGGUGGAGUUGGAUGCCCGCUACCGCAGCAAGACGUCCGGACUCUGCGGAGACUUCAACGGUGUCGCCGAGUCCACAGAUCUACUCCGAGAGGGGGGAGUGGGGCCCAUGAGCGUCCACCAGCUGGUGAACGCGCACCGCGUGAACGACCCCGGUGAGCAGUGCCCCUUCAUCACCGCCGCCAACGUCACCGCGGCCUGCCCACAGCGCGAGGGGCUGUGCCGAUCUCUGCUGCGCUCCGUGCUUGGUCGCGGCGCUGGCGAUGACUCCACCACCACCACCAGCUCCACGCUGCUGCUGGAGCUGGUGGAGCCGUUCGUGGCGGGCUGUGCGGGCGAGCUGUGCGCCUGCUCCACCUCCUCCUCGUCCACCUCCUCGUCCACCUCGUCGUCGUCCUCCUCGCCGCCCUCGGCGUGCUCCCCGUGCUCGUCGCUGCGCGCACUCUCACAGGCGCUCGUCAUCGCCGGGGGGCGCCCAGCCGAGUGGAGGAGCCCCUCGCUCUGCCCGGCCCCACGCUGCCCAGCUGGCCGCGUCUUCUCUGAGUGCGGCUCGGCCUGCCCCCCAACCUGCAGGGACCCGGGCAGCGACGCCGCCUGCAGCUCGCGAUGCACCUACGGCUGCUUCUGCCCCAACGGCACGGUAGUGGACGAUGUUUCCCCGUCUGGUCGCUGCGUGCCGCUGUCCAACUGCUCGUGCGAGUUCAACGGCAAAGUGUACCGCGCCGGAGCGGUGCGCACCUCACCCUGCCGCAAAUGUGCGUGUGAGCGAGGCCAUUGGAGCUGUACAGAGCGGCCAUGUGCAGCCACGUGCGUGGUGGACGGGGGAUCCCACGUGACCACCUUCGACCAGGCCGAGUUCCGCUUCCACGCAGCAUGCCGCUACCUCCUGCUGCAGGCAGGAAACUGGUCCCUGGUUGGCUCCUUCACUCAGUGCGGAGCCACGGAGUCAGAGACCUGCCUCGACUCCAUCCUCACCACCAACGGAAAGGAGUAUAUCGAAUUCUUCAGCGCGAGCGUCGUGAACCAGGGCGAGGACCUCCUGCCCCUGCCCUACAUCACAGACUCGGUGGAGGUCCAGCGGGUGUCAUCGAUGUUCGUCGAGGUGCGGCUGCUCCUGCCACCCCCCCAGGGCUCCACCUCCUCCUCCUCCACCUCCUCCACCACCUCCUCCUCCACCUCCUCCUCGUCGCUCCUCCUGCAGAUCCGCACGGAGCCCACGCUGCAGAUGUUCAUCACGGCCAGCCCGGCCCUGCGCGAACUCACGCGCGGCUUAUGCGGCAACUUCAAUGGCGUCGCAGGCGACGACUGGCGCUGCGCCCAGGGGGUGCUGCAGGCCACGGCGGCCUCCCUGGCCGACUCGUGGGGGGUCGGCGCUGGGGGGGGGGCUCCCUGCCCCCCCGCGCGGGACGCCCUGGCAGAGCCGUGCGCUGCCAGCGCCAGCACCGCUGGCUUUGCCGAGCGGUGGUGCUCGCUGGUGCUGAGCGAGAAAUCCGCGUUCGGCGCCUGCCACGGAGACGUGGACCCAGCACGCUUCUACACGGCGUGCCGCUACGAGGUUUGCACCGGCCAGGACGCGGCCGCGUCGCUCUGCUCGGCGCUCGGCUCCUACGUGGCGGCCUGCAGCCUCGCAGGUCGCGCAGUGGACGCGUGGCGCCAACUCGUGCCCAUGUGUGGUGGGUAG